UUAAAACAAGACGAUUGAACCCUCCAGAGUUAAAAGAAAAAGUAAAUUUACUCAAAAGUACAACAAUUAAAGCGAGGAGAACGAGAUUUACAACACAAGAAACCAACGCCCACGUUAUUAGCUCCGAUUACAUUAGCCCGAAUCUCCCCUUCUCUCUCUCUCUCUCUCUCUCUCUCGCUCGCAUGUUCAUUGAGCACAAGACCAAGCAGACUACCGAAAGCCCGAGUCGCCAUUGAAGCACCAACCCGGAAAGCUCCAUUCGUUUUCUAUUGUGUUGUUUCGUAAUCGUUUCUUCGGAUUCUUCGGGUUUUCUUUGGUGGGUUGCUCUUACUUUGAAAAGUAUUUCGCUGGGUUUCUUCAAUGGGACCUAUCAAAGGGAUCAAGAAGAGGAAGAGAGUGGCGGAGAAAAAGGUUGACCAAAACGUUUUGGACGCCGCCGCCGCCGCAUCUCUCCGUGGCGGCUCUCUUCCGCCGCUGGAUUGGUGGGAUGAGUUCUCGCAGCGGAUUUCCGGUCCUCUGUUAGAUUCAAAAGAACCAAAGACAGUCGAGUCAAUCCUCAGAGUGUCAAGAAAGACGUUUAACUAUAUCUGUUCCCUCGUGAAAGAUGAUUUCACAUCAAGGCCUGCAAAUUUCAGUGAUUCUAACGGGAAACCUUUGUCUCUCAAUGAUCGAGUAGCCAUUGCCCUUCGGAGACUCGGCUCUGGUGAAUCUCUAUCGAUCAUCGGAGAAUCCUUCGGGAUGAACCAAUCUACUGUCUCCCAAAUCACUUGGCGGUUUGUGGAAUCGAUGGAAGACAAAGGGCUUAAACAUCUCUCUUGGCCUGCAAAGUCAGAUGAAGUGAAGUCGAAGUUUGAGAAAAUCUCGGGUCUGCCCAACUGUUGCGGUGCAAUUGACAUUACUCACAUUGUUAUGAACCUUCCAGCUGUAGAGCCAUCGAACAAAGUUUGGUUGGACAGCGAGAAAAACUACAGCAUGAUACUGCAGGCAGUAGUGGACCCGGAUAUGAGAUUUCUCGACGUAAUUGCAGGUUGGCCCGGCAGUUUAAGCGACGACGUUGUCCUCAAGAACUCGGGCUUCUACAAACUCGUUGAGAAAGGAAAGAGACUGAAUGGGGAAAGCCUCCGGCUUUCAGAAGGAACAGAACUGAGAGAAUACAUAGUAGGUGACUCGGGUUUUCCUCUUCUCCCAUGGCUUCUCACUCCAUACCAAGGCAAACCCAUGUCGAGUUCUCAAACAGAGUUCAACAAAAGACACUCCGAGGCAAGAAAGGUUGCGGAAAUGGCAAUGGCGAGGCUGAAGGAGAUGUGGAGAAUCAUCAAUGGCGUGAUGUGGAUGCCCGACAGAAACAGGCUACCGAGGAUAAUCCUUGUCUGUUGCUUAUUGCACAACAUCCUCAUAGAUCUGGAUGACAAAGUGUUGGAUGGUUUGACUGUGUCUCAUCAGCACGACAUGAGUUACAGGCAGAGGAAGUGCAAGUUUGGGGAUGAGCUUGCCUCUAACAUGAGGGACAAACUCUGUCUUCACUUCACUUGUGGGGAAAUGUCUCUGAAGCUUUGACGUAGAAGGUCCAAUUAUUUUUUUUAAUGACAUUUUCUUUUCAUAAUGUAGCAUAAGUAUUGCAUUUUGAUAUAUCUUUAAAUAUAAGCACAUCUAAUGCAUUUUGUUUUAAUAAUU